ACAAUAUACACAAACAUUGCGAAGUGCGGAGGCAGAGGAACGAUAGGUCUGCCCCACACCAUGACGUGCAGUCCCGGUCUGUCCCAGCUGGCUCGCGUUGAACCGGCAUAAAGACCCUGAAUCAGCCUUUACUCUAGAGAUAUGCUGAUGGUGAGAGGAAUUAAGCCACUUGAGCUACAUUGGGCCAAUACUAUGUUUCUUUAAUUUUGUUUUGGGUGUUGAUGGAGGGCGUUUUUCCUAAUAAAGGUACGUUUUGAGUUAAUUAACUCCCUGUGUCUGUGUCUCUCUGUGCUUCUGCACAAUGGACGAUAUACUAGCACCAUGUCCCAUUAGGACUAUCAAUGUAUGUAUUUCAUUGAACUGUGAACUAAUGCAUUGUUUAUGUAUUUCACUCCAUUCUUGUCUGCAUUCUUAUACUGUAACUACAUAUCAUUUUAUAUUUGUUUAAAGUAAGCACAGCUACACUCUGUAUGUUCCUGUUUGCAUGAUAGGAAUCAAGAGGCAUCAUGAAAACAACCGAAGAAGAAACUAUAUCUGGCAACGACACCAAGCUCGCUGUACCCAGUUCAGCUCCACCAACGUGCACCGAUCCAUCUUGUAUAUCCUUGGCAACAGUUCUCGUGAUCAUCUUCAUCGUCGGUUCUCUUGGAAACGCUGUGGUGAUCUGGAUCGCUGGGUUUAAGCUGAAGAAGUCGGUCAACACCACCUGGUACCUGAGUCUGGCUGUGUCCGACUUCCUGUUCUGCUUUUCCCUGCCCUUCACUGUUGUCCAAAAAGUCAGAGACAACUGGAUCUUUGUCAUUUUUAUGUGCAGGUUCAUGUCCUUUAUCAUGUUACUCAACAUGUUCAGCAGCAUCUUCCUCCUGGUCAUCAUCAGUGUGGACCGCUGUGCGGUUGUUAAGUUUCCAGUGUGGGCGCAGAACCGCCGCACCAUCAGAAAGGCCAAUGGGAUCGUCACCAUGGUCUGGAUCAUCUCAGCAGUGUUUAGCACUCUGUCACUCAUCUUCCAAGGCAUCCAGCCUGAUUUUAAGAAGCCGACGCAAGUCUGUCAUAAUAAAUACGUGUAUGAUCAAAACCAUAUCGCUGUAGUGGUGUUCCGGUUUGUUUUUGGAUUUGUGAUUCCGUUUCUGAUCAUCAUCGCCUGUUACGUCGUCAUCAUAAUACGAAAAAAGCUGAAGAUCAACCAAUCAGCGAAGACCAAAAAGCCCUUCAAGAUCAUGACGGCACUGAUCGUUACUUUCUUCCUCUGCUGGAUACCCUUUCACAUUGUUGCUUUGAUGGAAAUAAACCAUGAGAAAUAUGAUGAAAGUUUCCUUCACGUUGGACAAGUGAUUGGCGUCACUUUAGCCAGCGCUAACAGCUGUCUGAACCCGUUUCUGUAUGCGUUCAUGGGGAAGGACUUUAAGAGGAAGUGUUCUGCUCUUCUGUCGAAGAUGGAGACGGCCAUUGAGGAGGAGGAAAGCUGGAGCACAAUGCGAGGGAGAUCCAUCACCACCUCUGGAGAAAGAAGAUGUUCAACUACUGUUUGAAGUAGUUGUGACAAUGUCUUGCACGUGCUGAUACACUGCUGAAAUUUUAUUUAUUUGAUCUACCUUUUGCUUUAAUUAUAAUUGAAUUUAAAUGCUUUUUGGAUGGAAGAUAACAAUAUAUGAAUAAAAAGACUAAAUAUUUAUUAAGAUGCACAUUCAGAAAUAGUGUGUAAGGCAGACAUUUUUUUGCUUUAAUAAUCCAGCCCAUGCAUCUUGAGUAUUCAUGCUGAUUUUACAGUAGGUAGGAUAGAUCUGACCAUUAGAGGUGGGCAAUACUGGGAAUUUUGGUAUCGAUCCGAUACCAAGUAAAUACAGGGCCAGUAGGGGUGUGCCAUAUCGUAUCGUGCGCAAUAAUAACGGCAAAAUAAAUUAAUAUCGUGAAACAUAUUAUACCCUGAAAUAUCGUGACAUAUCACCCACCCCUAAUUAUCACAUUAGAGUGCUACUUUUUUUGCCGUUUUUAGCAAAAAAAAAAUUCACACUGUUCUUAUUUUACCUAUUAUAUAUCUACUAGAGACAGAUUAUAUCAGUCCAGUAUCAUUUAUUUUACUUUAAUCCUAGAUAUAUGGAGAUAUAUGGAGUGCAUUAUUAAUAUUAUUAAUAUCAUGACAUUCUGGAUCAUUGACUUCUGUUACAAAUCUGAUAAAAUAAUAUAUAUUUUUUUUAAUAUCUCAGUUAGCCAUAUCAUAUUGCAUGCAAAACUAAAAUUCUAAAAAAUUUUUCUAAUUCUGUGUUUUGUCAUAUCGCCAAAAGUAUCGCUAUCGUGAAAAUACCAUGAAAUAUCGCAAUAUUAUUUUAGAGCCAUAUCGCCCACCCCUACUAUGGUAUGAUAAUCACCAUAAUCACCAAAAGUAACCAAGUAUUAUUGUUAAUGAAAAUGAAGGAAAUAACGAAAGCUGAAAGUGAAAGUUCUCCUUAACUGAAACUAAUAAAAACGAUAAUUAAAAGACAAAAAUAAAAUGAACUGAAUUUACAGAUUGAAUACCCUCAUUUUCGUGUUGGUUAAUUUAUUUAAAAUGUAUUUAUAUAAAUGUGGUAUAUCGUGAUAUAUAUAUCGUUAUCGUGAUAUAAAAAAUUCCAUAUCGUGAUAUAUGAUUUUUCCCAUAUCGCCCAGCACUAAGGGCCAGUAUUGUCAAUAUCGAUGCCGAUACUUUUAAAUAUUUGAGAAUUUUAGAUCCAAAGGAUCCAAAAGACCUAGAAAAGAAUUUCACCAAACAUUAUACAUGACAGUAAAAUUAUAUAUCACAAUCAACAUUUUUGUUUAGAAACAAUAAAACAGUAAAAAAAACUACUAUUUAGAACAAUACACAGAUUUCAGCACAGCUUUGAGGUUUUAUUAAUGGGGUGGAAUUAAGAUUUGAAAGAAAUGCUUCUGUGCCUGAAGUCUGAAGUUAAAAGAGGAAGUGUAAAAUGUACUUGUGACAAAGCCUCAAAGUAUAGAUUUACUAAAAAAUAUACUGAAAAAAAAAAACGUUUAAACUCUUUAAAACACAGUUUGACAACUUUUCCAACUUUUGUAACUCUGUAAAUGUCUGUAAUAUUUUUAUGUUAUACUGCUUUGGAUUCAAUAAACACUUAAAGUGUCACAUAAUGGUGUUUGCCCUUUCUUUGCCCUUGUGUCAUUUGUGAUUGUGUGGAUGCACACAGUCCAGUCAGAAUAUUAUGACCACCUCCUUGAGUACACACUUCUUGCCCAUUUUGUUCAAAUCCACUCACAAAAAAAAAACUAAAUUUAGAGCAGGUAUAAUUUGGUGGGGUGUUCACUUUUAGCACUCAUGGCUCUAGUGCCUUGUUGAGUCAUCUCAAGCCUGGAUACAAGAUGAGAUACAGAGGUAUGAAAAAGUGUGGGCAGUCCUGAUCAUUUUCAUGAUUUUUAUAAAUCUUUAUAAAUCGUUGGUUGUUGGGAUCAGCAAUUCCAGUUAAACAUAUCGGUACCACUUUAAAAUAAGACUACCUUUAUAAAGGGUUUAUAAAUGGUUUACAAUUAGUUUAUUAAUGGUUACUAAUUAGGUUGUAAAUGCCUUAAAAAUCAUUAAUAAUCAGCUAUGACACAUACACAAAAGGGCAACAAUAUAGACGGCUGUGGGUUCACUAUUUGGCAAACAACAGGUCAUUGUUGCCCUUUCUACGUAUGUGUUAUAACUGAUUAUUAAUGAUUUUUAAGGCAUUUUUCCCUAAACCUUGAACAUCUAUCUAAGCUAGCUAGGGCUUCCCUACUAGCCCACCGUGCGCUGCAAAACCAGCAAGCUGAUUGGCUGUAUCUCCUGAAAGGUGGAACUUUAUCCUUGAACUGGCUCUGUGAUUGGAGUUAAGAGAUUUUAAAUUCACACAGCGGUCAGUGGCCUGUCUCUUCAUUAAUAAUACAGCUGAGCUGAGUGAAAUGAUUCUGGGCUACAGGAAAUUCAUUCGGGGCUAAAGCCCCGGAAGCCCUGGAAGCCCAGGCCAGGUGACGCCCCUGUAUUUAACUGAAAUUGCUGAUCUGAACAACCAAUGAUUUAUAAAGGAAAUCAUGAAAAUGAUCAGGGGUGCCCAAACUUUUUUUUACCACUGUAUGGUUGGGCACUGAGACAGGGUUUCUUUGGCAUCCCCAAUGUUGCAGCUGGACCUUAAGAUCCUGCACACUUGUAGGUUGCUGAAGCUGAUAUACAUGCUAGCCCAAAAACCUUGCUGUGUGUGGGUCAGCAUUACUUUACUAAAAAAAUUCCAGUUGGAAGCCCUGUCAAAUCUGCUGGGUUUUCUGCACAUAUUGCUGAGCUGUUUAGCGUAUUUAGCGUAUCAAGGCCUCCAUAAUUGAACCAGACCACCAUCAGAUCCCAAACAGAACCUGUAUCUUAUAAAAUCUAUCAACUCGACUAUAUGUCUUUGAAGGCAUAUCUAUCAAUCAACAAUCUUUGCAGUUUAGAAGGACAUAAUUGCAUGCAGCAGUUUGUGGCAAUAAUUAGUCAUUCUUUUCCUAAUUCUUUAAAGCAACACUUUUUUCU